CCUUAUUCUAUCACAUCCCCUCGCUUUACUUUCUUCAAUAGCAUCCGCAUUCCCCCGUGGAUUGAUUCUAUUUAACCGAUUAAGCUAUGGAUCCUGCAAUGCAGUUGCGAACCAUCAGAGAAUGGUACGCUAAGUUACGGUCGAUCCGCGUGGACCUUGUUGGUGAUUACGCUGGUGAGGAGUUCUUCAUAAUAGAGGGGGAUUCACUGCUUCGCUGGGUUUUUGCGGAUGAGAGGAUCGACUUCGAUACUGGAUUUCAACUUCUGCAUGCCGUCUACGUUGUUGAGAGCUUUCUACAGCAGUUGAGCUCCCGGCGGUGUAGGUUUUCCGUAGUUUUCCUGGACAUUUCCCGAAAUGCUUGUAUCCCUUUCUCGCCGACGGCAGAACAGAAUGCCUGGAAAUACCUUUUCGCCCGCUCAGCAAUCAUCGAGCACAUGAAACAUAUUGAUCACCCGCAAGGCCUUGUUUCCUCCUUUGAGAGCCUUGCGGAUCCAGAGUUUCGGCGAUAUCUAGACUCCACUAGACCCUACUUUGUCAUGUAUCACGAUGGUGCCGAUGCAAUCCAUUUCAAAAAAGCCCAUAAGAAACCGGAUUGGGAGGCUGGAGGUGCCAGCGAACGAGGGAAUGGUAACGAUACGGAGGGUAAUGAUGACGCGGAUUCCCCACAAACAGGAUAUGUAGACAUCAGUCUUGAUGGAGGGUUCAAUCAAGAAGGGUUGCUGAAAGCGGGGAUCCGGGAAUGGAUGUCUUUGGGCUUUAGCAUUGCUCUUAUGAACGAGAUCGUGUUCAAAGAUAGCAAGAUAUUUACAUAUGUUCUGGAAACCAAUCUUUAUACCCUAGAGCCAGUUGAUAUACGCGUAAGUCCUGCUGAAACGCCUCCUCCUGGACCAGAAUACUCGCAGGCUCCAGAUUGGAAAUCUCUUCGAUCCGCGCGGGAACGCCUCGCUGUUGCAGCCGUUGCUCAUGCGCUACGGCUUGACGAGGGCAAACACGAGGAUCUGGCUAGCAUCUUUCUAGUCCAUAUAAUUCUACUGUCCCAACUUACGCUCCCUGCACGGUUCCUCCCCCCCUUUAAUGUCGAUGAGGCUGUGUCCGCUGCUAUCAGCCCCGCCCGAGAUUUUUUGAGACGGCUUAUUAUUCUUUCUGGGGACCUCCUCAGGAUCGGUGCUGUUUCCCUCGAAGAUGCGCAGAAUGAUCUGUGCGAUUAUGUCGACGGCAGGCUUCUGUUGAAACUUAUUCUCGUGCCUGAGGAAUUAUCCGAAGUGGUUAAGCAAAGGUUUUCGGACUUGGCUGAUCAUGUUGAAACUCUUUGCGGCGAGAGCCUCGAAUUACCAAUACUUUCUAAAUCGGUGAAUAUAUCGUUUACCGAACCUCCCGCUGUCUGGGGGUGCAAAAUAUUGGCGUUCAGUAACCCGGCAUUCGACAAGUACUUGGAGCAAAUUAGACUCCCGGGUGACAUUUUGGCUGAAGAGGGAAGCGAAGAUCAUGAGGAGGAGGAUGAGCAAGCAUAUUAUGAAAAAACGCAUUGGCACAACCCGAGAAAUCCUCUCGUUACCGCGCGAAUUAGGGCACAAAGGGCGCUCCCGAAGCCGGUGGCGAAAGUGCGAGGAGCCGUAGCAGUCGCACCUGGUGCAAAAACUCAAGAUCAGGACAGGGCCGUGAGGCGUGCAGCAGGCAGGGCGCGGAAGUGGGAGCAAGUAUACCUGAACCAGAUGUAUCAGUAUGCGUCUAGUUUGACCGAUAGUAUCGAUGGAAGCUUAAAUCCGAAGCUUGUGACAGUGGGAGAGAAGGCGAAAAAGCCCCAAGCCGCUGGAAAGAAAACGAUGGUCAAGGAGGAAAAGAACGCAAAGCCGAACAAGAAAGAUGGUCCGUCUAAAGGGAAAGGUAGCGGGAAGCUCUCCGCCGCAGAUAUUAUUAGUCAAAACAACGCGACAAAAAAGGCAGGGAGAGAAGCAAAGCUUCAAGACUCUUGGAAGAGUAUCUGUGAUGAGGUCGCAAGCAUCAAGGACGACGAAACUGCUAUAUUACGGCUGGAAACUUGGCUUGCUGCGUCACAAAAGGCAAUCGCUGCUGCUGUCGCUGAAAACAAAGAAUGGCCUUUCAUUGAGGCGGAAGCCCGCCUGUAUAAGAUCCAGCUUCUCCAGCGGAUAUGGGUCGGUUAUUGUAGGCGCAGGGAGCAGGAUCACGGUUAUGCAGCUGCCUCCGCCUUGUUCAACGAAGCUCGCCUUGUUCUCUUUUCCGGAGGUAUGACACGCAAGGUUCAUCAAAUUUUAAACAACAUAUUCGAAGCUUUUGGAAUCCCUAAACCCCCGAGCGAUCCAUUGGCCUCCCUUCCGGACCGAAAAAUCUUAUUCACCAAAGUGUGGGACGGCAAGUGCGAAGGCUUUGAUGUCAAACUUGGUAUGACGAGCGAGGAAUUCCAACUUUUGCAUUGCGGGCCCUGGAUGGAUAGAAACAUGGACUCUCAAUCUGACCCACGUGUUCCUUUCAAACCUGACGGAUGGCAGAGGAAGGUCUUGGAUGAGUUAGACCAGGAUAACUCGCUAUUCGUGGUAGCCCCAACAAGUGCGGGAAAGACCUUCAUUGCAUUUUACGCUAUGGAAAAGGUUCUUAAGGAGAGUGAUGAAGGAGUUUUAGUCUAUGUAGCUCCCACAAAAGCUUUGGUGAACCAAAUCGCAGCGGAAGUCAUCUCGCGGUAUAAGAAGAACUAUCGCUAUGCCGGGAAAACGGUCUGGGCUAUUCAUACACGUGAUUACCGGAUGAACAAUGCCAACGAAUGUCAAAUCCUCAUUACAGUCCCCGAUAUUCUCCAAAUAAUGCUUAUGUCUCCUUCGAAUGCCAAAAGUUGGACGCCCCGUGUGAAGCGGAUCAUCUUUGACGAGGUACACUCUAUCGGCAAUGCUGAAGAUGGUCUUGUUUGGGAGCAAUUGCUCCUACUGGCGCCAUGCCCCAUCAUCGCCCUGUCGGCUACCGUUGGAAAUCCGGAAGAAUUCGGUUCCUGGCUUGCAUCGACGCAGAAGUCUGUUGGCGUAAAGCUUACUGUCGUCCAGCACCCGUACCGUUACUCUGAUUUACGCAAGUUCGUGUAUAGUCCGAAGAAAGGGAUGACCUCGUUCGAGGGAAUGCCCCAGAAGGUUUCAAGGUUCAACCAGUUAGAAAUGGCUGAUUACAUGCGGGUUGUUCAUCCGGUUGCAGCACUUGCGAACACUAAGCAAGGCAUCCCGAACGAUAUGUCACUUGAGCCGAAGGACUGUCUGCAACUUUAUUGGGCGAUGUCAAAAUGCCAAACCCCCGAGUGCCCCCUCCCGAAGGAUCUUGAUUUUAAGGAAGUUUUCGGCACUGAAGGAAAGGUAGUAACCAAGGCGGAGGUGGUCAAGUGGGAGGAAGAUUUGAAGAAAGUCCUUCUCAAUUGGAUGGAGGAUGCGGAGCCUUUGUUUUCGGAAAUUGCUAAGCUGUUAGCAGCCGAAGCAGCGAAGACAGAUGCGCCGAGCAAGGGAUAUGGCGAUGGUGGAAGGAGCAGCGGGGCGCCUGCCGAGGGAGACGGUCCCUUGGUUGUGGACCUUCCUCCUCCGAGCUGCACGAGGGAGUAUUUGACGAAAACUACACUGCCGCUUCUGCAAACACUUCAUUCCGCCAACGCUCUACCGGCAAUUCUAUUCUCAUACGAUCGCCUCAUGUGUGAAAAAAUUUGCAUUAUGAUUUGUUCGCAACUGGAGACUGCUGAAAAAAACUGGCGCGAGAAUAGUCCUAAAUGGCAGAAAAUCAUUAAGGACUGGGAAAAAUACAAGGCUGAUAGGAGUUCCCGUGGGUCUAAGAAAGCCAAGGUAGUUCUUCCCCCAGGAUCUACCAAGGCAGACCAGAUGCGUGAGAAUGCCGAAUAUGAUAGUAGCUUCUGGUCUUCGUUCGAUCCCAACCAUCCAUCGCCAGAGUUUUCAUUUGCCGAUUUUAAGAAACACGCCAAAUCGGAUUUACAGAUUGAUAUCGAUAACUUGAUCCGCUGGGGCAUUCCGGAAGUGUUAGUCCAUGCAUUUUCCCGCGGCAUUGGGGUUCAUCACAGCGGUAUGAAUAGGAAAUACCGCCAGGCGGUAGAGAUGCUCUUCCGGAAGGGCUAUCUUCGCGUGGUCAUCGCUACUGGGACCCUUUCGUUGGGUAUCAAUAUGCCAACCCGCAGUAGUGUAUUCGUGGGAGAGUCGGUCUACCUUAAUUCACUUAAUUAUCGCCAAGCAGCUGGCCGUGCUGGGCGUCGUGGAUUCGACAAUCUGGGAAAUGUUGUAUUUCACGCCUUCUCGCUUGCGAAAGUCGAGAGGAUUAUGUCCUCAAAGCUUCCGUCUUUGAUUGGCCAUUUCCCAAUUAGCACUUCCCUAGUGCUCCGCUUGUUCAUAUUGCUUCACAAUUCUAACGAAUCCGAUCACGCUAAGCAUACAAUCAAUACCCUACUGACACAGGGGAAGCUAGUGAUUGGAGGGGGUGAGUUUAAGGAACAGGUCCUCCACCAUUUGCGAUUCUCUAUCGAGUUCUUGCGUAGGCAGAAGCUCCUUGGCUCGAACGGGCGACCACUUAACUUUGCCGGCUUGACUAGCCACCUAUACUAUGUUGAGAAUAGCAGUUUUGCAUUGCACGUUUUGCUCUGUAAUGGCUACCUGAAAGAACUAUGCAAGAACAUCAACAAAUCUCCCGACAGCAUCUGCCUGGAACUGAUGUUGGUCUUGGCUAACAUAUUUGGCCGGGAGCAAAAGUACUUUUCUAGGCAUAAAUCGCUUCCACCGCUUCCAGCCGCUGCCGCCGAACUCUUGACGAAGCAGAAUGAGCGGACUUUGAGGACCUAUGUGACUUACGUGGAAUCUUUCGUAAAAUCAUACUGCAAAGAUCUGGACAACGUGCUGCCGUUUUCCGGACUUGAGUGUGGUGGCAAGGGAACAGCCGAUGAAUCAAAUGUGAAAUCCCGCUCAUCGUUCGUGGCACUCUCCGGCCACGGCGACAACUUCACCUCAGUCGAUGAUCUCACCAGCUCAGUUCGUCGCGGAGUUUUGAUCGAUGGUGCCUCGGUCCCUCAUCUCCGAGCCGACGACUCUUCCACCGUGAACGGAUAUCUAUACUACUUUUACAUCCACGGCGAUGUCAAGAAACUCGAUCAAGAACACGGCAUCCCCGCCGGGAGUGUCUGGUUCGUCCUCAAGGACUUUUCACUCAUUCUCGCGGCGAUAGAGGCGGGUCUGACAUGCUUUAUCCAAGAUGGUCCUGGCGCGUAUUACGACUUUAAAGACGAGGGGGAUGACGUUGAUGGGGAUAUUCACGAAGAUGACGAGGAUGACAGAGAAAGUGUAACAACUACCGAUGAUGGUAGUAGUGGAGUUAGCUCCGAGGCUACGGAUCCGGGAUUCAAAGGUGUACUGAAGGCGGUCAAGAUCCUCAGAGGGAGGUUUGAAGAAAAAUUCAAGAAGAUGUGGGCCUGAUUCUGAGCUCUUUGUCUCUUUUACUUUUCACUUGGUUUUACAUGUUUGAUUAGCUUACCAGUGCUCAUAUCCUCCAUUCCGUUCCAUUCCAUCCCGUUUGCUUUUUUUCUUUUUUCUUUUUUUCUUUGAUAAAAAGUGAGAUUGGGCGAGACGUUUGAGUGAAUAGUUACGAUGUCAUGCGCACGAAUUCGAGUCGAGCUGAGCAGUUGUGAGAGCAUAGGGCGUUUCAGUGCCCAUUUGUUGAUAGAUGUGUUAGAAACUGAGAAUUUAACUGAUG